GGCGGAAGACUAGAACAGAAGCCCGACUCCAGAUCCCUGAACUCCUGCUCUUCAAGACGGCAAUCCCGAUACCCAAACCUUUAACCGCCUUCCAAUCGACAGAGGGAGGGACGCCGCCACGCCUUUAACCGCCUUCCAAUCCUCCAGGCCUCCGCUCGCAGCCUCGCAAGGCUGGCUUAGUCGCUCACUGUUGACUGUGCUUAGUGCUUACUAGUUACUACUGUCUACUCAAGGGCUGAAUCAGUUAACCAGGUAUGAAGUUAUUUGAAAACGAUGAUGAUUAUGAUGAAGUAGAGUUGAACAAAAUCAAGAUCAAUGAGGAGUUUGCUCGCCGGUUCGAGCACAACAAGAAGAGAGAAGACCUUCACAGAUUUGAAGAGCUGAAGAAGAAAGGUCUAGUUGAUGAAGAUGAGGAGCCUGAUGAAGAUGACAGUGAAGGUUUUGGAAAGUCAAUUAAUAAGAAGGAUACUGAGUUUUUCGAUGCUCUGCUCAAGAUCAGGAAGAAAGAUCCCAUGUUGCAAAACAAAGAUGCGAAACUAUUUGAGUCUGAAUCUGAUGAGUCGGACCCUGAUUCUGAGUCUGAUAACGAAAAGAAAGCCAAUGAAAAGAAAAAGCCAUUGUAUUUGAAAGAUGUAAUAUCAAGGCAUUUGAUGGAGGAGGGACCAGAAUUUGAUGAUGAGGAUGAAGGAAAGGAUGAGAAGAAGCAAAAGACAUACUCAGAAGAGCAAGAGGAGCUCAGGAAGGAGUUCUUGGAUGCAGUGGAGAAGAUGGACAUGGAAGCUGAGGACGGGGAUGACUUUUUAAAGGUUAAGGGGAGUGGGAAUACGGGAGGUGAUGAUGAUGAGGAUGGUGAUGAUGGAGAGUUUUCCAAGAAGUUAGAAGAGUAUUUCGGGGAGGAUAACAAGUUAGAUGAGAACGACCGGUUUUUGAAAGAUUUUUUCCGGAAUAAAAUGUGGUUGGAUGAUGACAAUAAUAAAGUCAGGAAGGUGGAUGAUGAGGAAGAGUCGAUACUCUCAGAGGAUGAGGAAGCAAUUGAGAAGCAGGAGGAUUAUGAGAGGGAAUUUAAUUUUAGGUUUGAAGAGAAUGCUGGUGAUAGGGUUUUGGGGUACUCAAGGAAAGUGGACGGUUCGGUAAGGAAAAAACCAAAUGCAAGAAAAUUGCAGAGGGAGAGAAAGGAAGAGAGGAUGGCUAGGGAAGCGGAGGAGAGGAAAGAGGAGUUGAAGCGGUUGAAGAAUUUGAAGAAGAAAGAGAUGAACGAGAAACUUCAAAAGAUUAAAGAGAUUGCUGGAAUCAGAGAUAAUGUGGAUUGUUUGAUAGACGAGGAUGAUCUCGAAGCUGAAUUCAACCCAGAGGAGUAUGAUAGCAAGAUGAACAAAACAUUUGGAGAUGAUUAUUAUAAUGAAGAUGAUACCAACCCCAGUUUUGCGAGCGAUGGUGAUGAAGAUCUUGAAAAACCGGACUUUGACAAGGAGGACGAGUUACUUGGGCUUCCAACCGGUUGGGAAAGAAACUUGAAAAGGGGUGAGGCCUACGAUGAUGAUGAUGAAGAUGAAGAUGUGGGGCCAAUCCAUAAAAAUGCUGCAAUGCAGGCUGCUAAGGACCAAUUAAUGGAUGAAUAUUACAAGUUAGACUAUGAGGAUGUAAUAGGUGACUUAAAGACGAGGUUCAAGUACAAACCCGUUAACCCUAAAAGGUAUGGUUUGAAAACGGAGGAGAUUAUAAUGUUCGAUGACAAGGAAUUGAAUCAAUAUGUGCCUCUGAAAACAUUGGCUCCAUAUAGAGAAAAAGAGUGGAAGGUCCCACGGACUAAGAGAUACCAGCAGAAGCAGAAAUUUAGAGAGUUAUUGCUCGAGGGUGUCCAGAAAUUGAACUUCGAAAAGUUUGAGAAGAAGAAAAAGAGGCCAAGUGAGACAGAAACGUCUAAGGUGGUAAAUUCCAUCGAAAAUGGAGGUGAUGAUACAAGUGGUAAUUUAUCCAGGAAGAAAAGGAGAAAGCUUCGUCAAGCAGAAAUGAAGUUAUCCCGUCAAAGGCUUAUGGCAUAUGGAAAGAAAUAAUAAGAGCAUUAAUAUUGAGAAGUAGCCAUUUGGAAGUAGCCAUUUGCAAUCUGAACAUGGGGGGAUUGGAAGCCAAUAUUUGCAGAAACAGGGGAAGUGAAGUUUUUUAUAUUUGUUGUGUUGGACUCGUGUCACGUUUGAAGACAUGAAAAAGAAUGCUGUAAUGAUCUCUCUCUGGUCGGGUGUGGUCCAGGUUUUUAUGUUGGAUUGGAUGCAUCAUUUUAAUACGGAAUAAUUUAUUUGAAUGGCUAAUUUUGUACUGCGUAUUAUUUAAAAUGCAGUAUAUAAUUUUGGGAGAAUGAUAAC